ACCAUGUUGUCUGAGAUGCAUCGCGGCCUCAUAUUGAUGAACCGGGGAUGGACUCAGCGGAUACUUUUAUACUUCAUGGUUGCAGGAACUCGCUCUCUGGUCACAGUCCACCAGCCGGCGGUGCUCACCACAGCUCUGGGUGAUGAUGUCAUGAUGCCGUGCCAUCUCUCGCUCUCCCACGAUGAGAGGAUGCUGGCCCAGCCGGUUCUCUAUUGGACCUUAACACAGAACACGACUGACAGUGUCAGGAUGUUCCCCUCCCAGGAAUAUGAACGGCGCGUUGAACUGCUGGACAAAAGUAGGACCACUUCAAACAAGUCCAUAGUCUUGAAGAACGUCCAGUGGGCCGACAGCGGGAAGUACCUGUGCAAACUGUCCAUCACCACACAGAGGGAUAGCAGCUUCAGGAUGAGAGGAAGUGAAACUUCACUGAAGGUGUAUGACACUGUGACCUUUGACCUCGCCGCUCACAAUGGCUCUCUGCUUCGGUGUGAAGUCAACGUGACCCCGGAUCCCGGAUUUCGUUUGUCCAUUUCUCACAACGGAAGCGAACUCCAAACUGCGGACUCUGAGCCAGGAGAUGCGCGCGCAGCUCCGCACUACGUCACUCUCUCCGAGACCGUCCCUCUGAGGGGUGAAGGAGAAUACGAGUGUCAGCUGCACCUGAACCGAGAUCUGAUAACGAAAAGCGUCUUUUACCACCUGCCUGAUCCGGCGGUGGGGGUGUUGCCGGAGCCGUGGCUGCUGUACGUGGCUCUCCUGCUGGUGCACGCCACCAUCCUGCUGAGCCUCAUCGCGGCCCUGCUGCUGCACAGAUGCUGAGUUAGUCAACAUCUGGCUGAAACAGAAAGGCUUAGCAGUGGUGAUCCAUGGCUCUCGGGCCGGGGAAGCUUCAUGACCGCGUGGGACAAUCAGCUACUGUCCAUAACACGUUGGAAAGCGAAUGAAAAUAUCGUUAAUUGAUAACAUUCACAGACGAUAAUAAUCACAACUGUCCCGGUUCUGUCAAAUAUUCACAUGGCUCCUUCUCUAGGGGCAGAACCCGCCAAACAUCCCACUGCAUCUUAAUGGUUCAUUAGCAGCCCACAGAAUCCCCAAAUCCACGAUGAACUGUGAGCCGCUUUGUGGUGAUUUCUGGCUCAUUAAUAACUCAUAAGUCUCCAUCCGGAUCCGUGACUCUAAACCUCCGGUACACACGGUAUACUCACAGAACGUUUGAUGUGGAGCGCACAUUCAAACACAAGAUCCUGUCCAAUGAUUUACUAUCAGCAGUUAAAUAAAAAAAUUAUUAAAGGAAGUUAAAUAAGAUUGAAAUAAGCUCACAAAUGCUAUAACUGACUUUAAAGUGAAGGUCUAAAGCAAACUAUAAAACACUGUAUGUCUCUGUUUAUGCAUUUAAGGAAGAAGUAUUCUUAGCGGGACACUUGGGCCUCCUAAAAUUAUUUGUCUAUUUCACAAUGUAAACUGUGUAUGGUAAUAUAAUAUUGCUUAUGAGGUGAUAGAGUACUAAAGGACAUGUGAUGCAUCAAACCUGCCUUUUGUAAAAGACUCACAGAAGCAUGAGUGGAUAUUUAUCUGCAGUGUUGUCGCCGUGAUUGACGUUAAUCCACUUUUUAAAAAUGUUUUAUUGAAAGGGAUGUGAGUGGAAAUAGGGACAGGAAGGGUGCGUGCGCAAUGUGCAACACACACACUCACACACACUCACACACACACACACACACACACAGGAAGGAUGCAUUUGUCAGAGCGAGGACAGAGAUGCAAUCAGCACAGUAAUCCUCACUGCUGAUGGGAUGGGAUGGCCAAAACGAGAGAUCAGCACACACACACACACACUCACACACACACACACACACACACAAACUGGACUUGAUUCCCCACUGAGUCAGAGAGCGAGUCAGUGCACCUGUGGUUUUAUGGUGCAUGUGGCUGUGUGGCAGUUGUCGGAGGAAAUGUGAGGGAGGCCGGCUGAGAACGGGACGGGCGAGUAAAUAAGAAACUUCACGUUUUAUGAGUGAUUUCAUGAGUUAUGAAGGCGAGUAACGCGUUGUAAAUCCUUCAGGCAUUCACCAAAUGGUGCAUGGGAAACUUAUAUAUAUAUAUAUAUAUAUAUAUCAAUUAAAAAACGUGCACCUUUUCAGGGGCAAAGGACAAACAUGUAGCCUUGGUUUCAUUAAUGAAAGGUACAUAGUUAAUACAAAUAAAUGACAAGUAGACCACUUUAAAUGUUCUAAUGUGAAAUAAGAAGCCAAAGAGGACACAUGUAGUUGUCGACAGCAUCACAAACUACAGCCUUCAAAAUGGCCGUGAACCUGAGCUUUAACACAGCUUUGACCAAAAUAAAAACAGUAUAACCUUCGGGGAGGAUUUAUUGCGUAGCUGCUGUGCGCUGCAGCUGCAGCUGCUGCACCUUUAUCAUCUCUGUGUAUCAAUAUUAUAUAAUUCUUCAAUUUGUAUGCUUUAUAUAUUUUUGUAUAUAAUAAAAAAAUUAUGUCAGGUAUAUUUUUGGACAACAUUGCAUUUCACCACAUAAUCUACUUUAUCUUUAUUUUUAAUUUUUAAACAUGUUAUGUCUUUUGGAUAUAAUAUGUUUUGUAGAAAAUAAAAAAUACAAGUGCUAUA